AUGAGGACAGACAUUGACUCCAUGCAGGAUAAGAUGGACCACUUACUUGAAACUAUGUUGCUCUUAGCCCAGAAGGAGAAAGAUGAUGAGACUAGCGUCGAAGCCAGAAGAGUUGCUGCUCAGUUUGGAUCGCCAUCGCUUAGCAUCCUUGAAGUAACUAACCUUGAUGGUAAUCAUGCCCAUACUAAAGGAGGACCCAUCCCUAUUCCUGUUCCCAUGGUCAACAUGAACCCCCAUGAGCAUUCUGCUACAUCUGCUCGACACGGAUCCGUGAUGGGUGAUGAAGAUCUAUAUGAUGCUUUCUCCAUGCCACAACCCGUCAAGCCCGUUGUUGGAGGUCUCCUAGACCCAACUGUUGAGAGACUCCAUGUUCUGGAAAAGAAAUUCAAGUCCUUGGAGGUUCACACUACUCCCGGUUUGGACGUUGUCGAUAUGUGCCCGGUGUCAGGUUUGAGGAUUCCGCAGAAAUUCAAAGUCCCGGACUUUGACAAGUACAAAGGAAUUAGCUGCCCGAGAACUCACCUCAGAGCUUACUGUCACAAGAUGGCUGCCCACAUUAGCAAUAAUCAACUCUUAAUUCAUUAUUUCCAAGAUAACCUCAGUGGGGCAUCCUUGGAGUGUUACAUGCAGCUAGAAAGAGGAUAG